UCGCUUUAAACUUUAAAAACUCCUCUGCAAAGAAAAGUCUCUCAAUUCCUGUUUUGUUCACUUCAUUCGAUCCUUUAUUAAAAUCUCCAUCUCCAACUUUGUAUUUCCCUAGGGUUUUCUAAGUCAAAGCAGCCGCCAUGUCGCUGAGACCGAGCACGAGAACCGAGGCCCGCCGCAACCGCUAUAAGGUGGGGGUUGACGCGGAGGAGGGCCGUCGUAGGAGGGAAGACAACAUGGUGGAGAUCCGGAAAAGUAAGCGGGAGGAGAGUUUACUGAAGAAGCGCCGGGAAGGCCUCCAAGCUCAACAAUUCGCUUAUUCUCUCCACUCCUCUAACGUCGAAAAGAAGGGCUUAUUAUUGCAGUUAGAGAAUAUUCCUUCAAUGGUUGCUGGUGUUUGGUCUGAUAAUGGCGAUGACCAGCUAGAGGCGACUACUCAGUUUCGGAAAUUGCUUUCAAUCGAGCGAAGUCCACCUAUUGAUGUAGUUAUACAAUCCGGCGUCGUUCCCCGUUUUGUUGAGGUUCUUACGAGGGAAGACUUUCCACAGCUUCAGUUUGAGGCUGCUUGGACGCUUACAAAUAUUGCUUCUGGAACCUCAGAGAAUACAAAGGUUGUUAUUGAUCAUGGGGCUGUUCCCAUUUUUGUUAAGCUUCUUUCUUCACCAAGUGAUGAUGUCCGCGAGCAGGCUGUGUGGGCAUUGGGUAAUAUUGCUGGUGAUUCCCCUAGAUGUCGUGAUCUUGUUCUCGGUCAUGGAGCUUUGAUGCCACUUUUAGCUCAGCUAAAUGAACAUGCUAAGCUGUCAAUGCUGAGAAAUGCAACUUGGACAUUAUCAAAUUUCUGCAGGGGCAAGCCACAGCCCCCAUUUGAUCAGGUGAGACCAGCUCUACCUGCGCUUGAACGUCUUGUUCAUUCAAAUGAUGAAGAAGUUCUGACUGAUGCCUGUUGGGCUCUCUCUUAUCUGUCUGAUGGUACUAAUGACAAAAUUCAAGCUGUGAUUGAAUCAGGGGUUUGCCCACGUCUUGUUGAGCUCCUGCGUAAUCCAUCUCCUUCAGUGCUCAUUCCGGCGCUUCGUACUGUUGGAAAUAUUGUGACUGGAGAUGAUUUCCAGACUCAGUACAUUAUUGAGCACGGUGCAUUAACAUGCCUUAUGAGCCUAUUGAGCUAUAAUCAUAAUAAGAGUAUAAAGAAGGAAGCUUGCUGGACCAUCUCAAACAUUACAGCUGGAAAUAAGGAGCAGAUUCAGGCUGUGAUCAAUGCUGGAGUAAUUGAGCAACUGGUUAACCUACUUCUAAAUGCUGAAUUUGAUAUAAAGAAAGAAGCAGCAUGGGCAACUUCAAAUGCUACUUCGGGUGGUACUCAUGAGCAAAUCAAGUACAUGGUCAGUCAAGGCUGCAUAAAACCACUGUGUGAUCUUCUUGCAUGCCCUGAUCCUAGAAUUAUAAUGGUCUGUCUGGAAGGAUUGGAGAACUUUUUGAAGGUUGGUGAAGCUGAGAGGGCCUCGGGUUCUGUAGAGUUUAACCAUUGUGCCCAAGUGGUAGAAGAUGCCGAGGGUUUGGAAAAGAUCGAAAACCUACAGACUUAUGAUAAUAGCGAGAUAUAUGAGAAGGCUGUCAAGAUUCUUGAGACUUACUGGUUGGAGGAGGAUGAGGAGACACUACCUCCCGGUGACGGUACCCAACAAGCUUUCCAGUUUGGGGAGAAUGAACUUCAAGUUCCAUCUGAUGGAUUCAAUUUCAGUUGAAGGGCUUCAUAGAAAACACAGUUCAUAAUGCAGGUUGACUAAUACCUGGGGUGAAAGUUUGGUCAGGGGGCACUGUGAUGCGUCUUGUUAUUUAAUAGUCUGUCCAGUGUCGAACUGUGGUGAAGAAUGUGCCCGGGUUGGUCUAUCGGUACUGUGUUUCCAAUACUGAGGGAAAUGCAUACAGUUGUGACCAGAAAAGUUGUCGGCAAGGUAUUUUGCUUGUCUUAUACCAAAAACAUGUCAAAUGGUACAUUGUUGCCAUGGAAGUGUCCCUUAGGCUUAUCCCUGUAUAAACAGGGCCCUUUAACUUAAGUGGUAUGCUGGUAAGUUUACAGGGUUUCAGUACUCGAGGCAGUCGUUUCAGUUGAAGGCUUAUCAGUAUUUAACGCCUAAAACAAGCUCUGUGUGCUCUCUCGUUCGGGCUUGAUCCUGCUUGCUAUGUAGUUUAUGGGAAGGUGUCGAUUGUGUUCCCUUUGUUAUUC